GCUACUUAAAGCACAAUGAGGAGCUCGAGUGAGGAGGCUCGAGUCCAAUCUCGAUCCAGACAGGAAAUUGCAGGUGUGCUCGUGCCAGGGCGUGGAGACAAAUACAGCCCGCCCUCGCCGCUGCCACACACACUCCAGCUUGCACACGGGAGGAAAAGCAAGCGAUCUUUUUCAUCGCUUAAAGACAUCACAUCACUAAUCUGCCUCCGCAUCUUGCAGGAGACACCGUGGCCCUCACUCCGCGAGACACAAGAUAAGUUCAGCAAGAUGAUGACUGAUGAAAGUCUCGACGCCUUCAGAAGCGUCAGUCGAAAGCCCGGCCUGCAGAUAUGGACCAUCAACAACAUGAAGAUGGCGCCUGUCUCACCCAGGGGUUUUGGUAACUUCUUCGAGGGAGACUGUUACAUUGUUCUUUAUAUCGUUGAGAACAGGGGCUCGCGCCAAUCCGUCGACAUCCACUACUGGAUAGGGAACACCUCCUCCCAGGACGAACAAGGCACGGCUGCCAUCUACGUCACCCAGCUGGACGAGUACCUGGGCGGGAGUCCGGUGCAGUACAGGGAGGUGCAGGGUUAUGAGUCUCCGCGCUUCAGGAGCUACUUCAAAAACGGCCUCAUCUACAAGAAGGGCGGGGUGGCCUCGGGUUUUCACCACGUGGAUACCAAUGUCUACAACAUCCUGCGACUGCUGCACGUCAAGGGGAGGAAAAACGUCACAGCGACGGAGGUGGAGGUGUCAUGGAACAGCUUCAACAACGGAGACAUAUUCCUGCUGGAUAUCGGGAAAGCCAUAGUGCAGUGGAACGGCCCCCAGAGCAACAGGAGAGAGAAGCUCAAGGCAGUCUUGCUGGCGCAGGACAUCCGGGACAGGGAGAGAGGAGGUCGAGCUCAGAUUGGUGUCGUGGAGGGAGGAGACGAGAGGGACUCGCCGGAGCUGAUGAAGAUCAUGACGGCCGUCCUCGGCCAGAGAAACGGGCCUGUGAGGGAGGCCACUCCUGAUGACAGAUCAGAGCAGGUGCAGAACAACAACGUCAGGCUCUACCAUGUGUUUGAACACAGCGGAAACCUGGUGGUUCAAGAAGUGGCCACAGAGCCUCUAACGCAAGACCUGCUGCGCUCCUCUGACUGUUACAUCGCGGACCAGAGAGGCUCCAGUGUGAUGGUGUGGAAAGGCAAACAGGCCUCCAAGGAGGAGCGGCGAGAAGCUCUCAACAGGGCGGUGGGCUUUAUCAAAGCCAAGAACUACCCGUCCAGCACCAGCGUGAAGGUGAUGUGCGAGGGGGGGGAGUCGGCGAUGUUCAAGCACUUGUUCAAGUCCUGGAGAGAUAAAGGGCAAACCCAGGGUCUCGGCACCACCUACAACGUCGGGAAGAUAGCAAAGGUAGACCAAGCAAAGUUUGAUGUGAUGCAGCUCCACGCACGCCCCGAGCUGGCAGCGCAGCACCGCAUGGUGGAUGACGGCUCGGGAGAUGUGACGGUGUGGCGUAUUGAGAACUUGGAGCUGGCCGAAGUAAACCGACGUACAUAUGGGCAGUUUUAUGGAGGAGACUGUUAUUUGGUGCUGUACUCAUAUCAAAGAGCGGGCCAGCAGCAGUACAUCCUCUACAUGUGGCAGGGCCGUCACGCCACGACGGAUGAGAUCACAGCUUGCGCCUACCAGGCCGUCAACGUUGAUAACAAGUACAACGGAGCCCCGGUCCAGGUCAGGGUGGUCAUGGGAAAGGAGCCUCGCCACUUCCUGGCAAUUUUCAAAGGCAGACUCAUCAUUUUCGAGGGUGGUACGGGCCGAGCUGGUGUGGUGAACCCAGACAAGGGAGCCAGGCUCUUCCAGGUGAGAGGAAACGAUGAGCUGAGCACUAAGGCCACCGAGGUGCAGGCGAGGGCCUCGUCUCUGAACACCAACGAUGUUUUCCUGCUGAAGACGGACCACGUCAGCUACCUGUGGUAUGGAAAGGGCUGCAGCGGGGAUGAGAGGGUGGUGGGGAGAGCCAUGUCUGAUGUGCUGUCCAAGCAGGACAAGCAGGUGGUGAUGGAGGGCCAGGAGCCAGCUGAAUUCUGGGUAGCUCUGGGAGGAAAGGGUCCCUAUGCCAGCGACAAGAGAAUGCAGAGGGAGGAGCCUCUUCACAGUCCCCGGCUGUUUGAAUGCUCCAAUCAGACGGGCCGGUUCAGGAUGACCGAGGUGGACGACUUCACCCAGGACGACCUGGACGAGGAGGAUGUCAUGCUGCUGGACACCUGGGAGGAGAUUUUCUUAUGGGUUGGAAACUUAGCCAACCAGUACGAGACCAAGGAGGCGUGGAACUGUGCGCAGGAGUACCUGAGGACCCACCCAGCAAGACGCGACCCCGACACACCCAUCAUCUUUGUCAAAGAGGGCCACGAACCGCCCACCUUCACCGGCUGGUUCAAUGCCUGGGAUCCUCAUAAGUGGAGUGGAGGCAACUCCUAUGAGGAGACGAAAAAAAAGCUGUGUGAUGCAACAUCUCUCUCACAGAUCACUGUAGAUUUCUCUAAUCUCAAUAAGAGUCCUGGGGGUAGUUACCAGGCUCCAGGAAGCCCCAUGACCUCCCCUCCAAUCUACAGGACCCAUGGCGGUGAUCUCUCCCCCAGACCUGCUACUCCCACCAGCCCGCCCACCCUGAGGACCCAGUCCCCUGGGCUCAUGAACCUGUCACCCUCCUCUGGCUUCAAUCUAACAUUCACGGAUGGUGGCAUGAAGUCCCCCUCUGCUGGAUACUCUGGGAAGUUCCUGGACCCAGAGCUGCUCAUCAACAAGUCUCCUAGUGAGCUGCCGCAGGGAGUGGACCCCAGCCAGAGAGAGGCCCACUUGUCAGAUGUGGACUUCGAGAACCUGCUCGGCUCAAGUCGCGCAGACUUCCUGCGCCUGCCGAAGUGGAGGCAGGCUGACUUGAAGAAAAAGGCCGGACUUUUCUGAGAAACAUUCACUGUUGGAUUAAGCAGAAAUGCUGUCAGACCUGUCUCGCUGUAAUGCAGAAGAGCUUAUGUGUAAAACAUGUUAGGGCAGCUGCGACAUUUUAGCUGUUUUUGAGAAAGACGGCCAUGAUCAUUUCACUUGAAUAUCUUCAACCAUCAACAAAGUUGAAGUGAUUAAAUAUGUUGACUAAAUUUAGCUUUUUAACAUGAUUGUGAUAAAAAAAAAGGAAAAAAAAUCAAAACCAUUUUACACUAAUAUUAUUUUCGAUGGUUAUGCCUUAUAUUUAUCUAUAUUUGUCAAUGUGUAAUGCUGAUGAUCAAGUUUUCACAGGAAAUUAUUGUCAUUCGCCACGACUGAAUCACUUAUACUUUGAAUAAACAGACAAAACCUUCAA